AUUCCCCAUACAUGUGGUACUUAGGAACGGAAGCCAACGUACCGCGCCCGCGAAAAUUUGGAACUUUGUAAAGUUUAUCACAUGAACUUGAUAUCCAGUGACCAUGGCAGAGGAUACUACCUCAGUCUCUAAGGUUCAUUGCUUUUAAUUAAGAAUUUUUGAGAUUAAGUUUGAUUUUGACUUCUUUAAAUAAGUCAUGGGUUGUUUUGAACUUUAGGGCUGCUUUCUGAUCAAGAAAUCAUCGGCUCACUCUCCAAGAAAGCGUCGUGCAGGUAGUCUGGAUAAGCGUUCAUGUCAAGCAUGUCACCGAAGUUUGCUUUGUCAAUCUGACAAUCUCCCCUCUAAAUCAUCCAUACCUGGGAUUAUCUUGAUAAUUUAAAGGGGAACUAGCGCACAAAUAAAAGGCAAAGCUGCGAUCUUCAUCGUAGUCUGAUAACAGCCAAUCUGUCGAUUAUUUUACUGUGAAGACUGAAUGCAUUUCAAACCUAUUUCUUUGGCUUCAGGCACAGACCACUUCAUCAUGUCUAACAAGUUAAUGACCAGAAGCUUUCUUUUUUUUAAUUUCUUCUCAGACAAUAUAUUUCCAGAGGUUGCUGGAGAAAGUAUAGCCCAUCGCAAGCAGAGAUAUGAAAACUUUAAAAAGUGUUGGGAAUCUAUUAAAUGUGAAAUUGAGGUUCUGCAGUCACAGAUGAACAGUAAAAUAUUUUCUGACCUCGUGGAAUUUUUCAAGAGAGCACAGAAUGUAAAAUCAUCAGAAAUUGGGAGGACCAGUGUCGUACAAGAAAUACCUACAGCUGCUCUGAUAACUGGUGUAAAUAUGCCAGACCAUGAUGUUGUAUUCUCUCAGUUAGCCAGUGAAUUAAACAGUCAUGUUACUCCAUUUGUUGCUUUACUGAGGUCCAAAGACUGCACAGCGAUGAAAGCAACGAUGAAGAAUGUAAUAUCACAGUUCUUUAGUUUUGAUGUACAGGAUGAGGAUGAUUUGUCUCCUUCAGAACAAGCCCAGAAAUUAAGCAGUUUUACAAUGCCUGUACUUUGCCGCUGGUAUGGGAAAAUGAUCAAGUACAAUUAUUCAAAAAGAAGACAGAGCAGACAGCAAUCACAGUAUUCAGAUCAACCCCCUUUGGUUGUCAUUUUUGAGGACUUUGAGGGUUUUCUUCCAGCUGUUGUUCAAAACUUUGUGAUGAUUUGCAGUCAAUACUUGAGUGAACUUCCUUUGGUCCUAGUCUUUGGUAUUGCCACAGCGCUGACAACUGUUCACAAAGUUUUGCCCCAUGCUGUAUCUAGUUUGUUGUCCAUUGAGAGAUUUCAGUCAGAACCAUCACAUGUUUGUGUUCUGGAGGUCAUAAGCAAGGUUUUGAUGACUGCCACAUUUCCAUUCAAACUUAGUGCACAAGUGUUAAGAUUACUGUAUGAGAAUUUUCUAUUCCAUGAUUUCUCACUUCAGAACUUUUCCAGAGGACUUCAGUUCUGUUUGAUGGAGCAUUUUUUUGAGAGUCCUCUGAGUGUGCUCUGUUGUGUGUCAUCAGAUGACAGGAAAGAUUUGCUGAAUGAAAUGAGUCAUAAACAAGUGGAAAUGUUUAGAAAAACAAUGUCUUUUCGCAGAUAUGUUGAAUCUGAGCCACCAUCAAAGCAACUGCCAUUGUUACUGGAUGACUCCUUUGCCAAGGAAGCAAUAGCUGAACUUUUAAAAAGCUUUCAUGAGUACCACUGGAGUUUCUUCCCUGUGUUAAAUUGUCUCCAUAUUCUCACCUGUAAUCUUCCACAACAUCCUCUGGGAAAGAAGCCUCACAAUGUUUAUGAAAACAGUUUGUCAAGUAAUAUUUAUGAACAGGAAAAAUAUAAGGAGGCACUGUCCUUGCUCAGAGUUUGUUCAAGGGAUGAGCUUCUUCCUCUUCUUAAUAAAUGUGAAGAAAUUUUAGGGAAUGCUGUGGACUCUCCUGAAACAGGAAGGUAUUGCCAAAAGCUCAAGAAAUCAAGAGAUGGUAUUUGUAGAUUGCUUGAACAAUUUGACAAAAUAAGCGGAAUCCAAGAGACUUGGGAAAAAAGGUCCACUCAAAAGGAAGCACUAUCCACUGUUACCAACAGAUUUGAACUUCAAGAGAGACUAAUGAGUGCUGCAAAACAAAAGAAGAAAGAAUCCCCAUAUGAUAACUUGCGAAAGAAAACAAUUGAUGCUAUGGAUGAGAUGUUCAGAACAUUUUUGACCUGUCCACAAAACAUGCCUCUGCAUGAGGUCAUUUAUUAUGACAAAUUACAGGAAACAAGAAAGCACUUGGUUGGAAUGCCUCGUGUAGCUAUACAAAUAGCCUUAAGUAACCCUCGGCAUUACCUUCAAUGUGACUGUUGUCAGACUGACAUAGGGACAGUUCAGGACACCUUACCUGACGUGUGCAUUGCUUAUAAACUUCACUUGGAGUGUGGCAGACUAAUCAAUCUUUAUGACUGGUUCCAGGCAUUUACAGCUGUUUUGGAACCUCAAAUAGAACAUCAGUCCCUAAAAUGUUCUCCAAAGAAGAAACAGAAAAUGGAUGAACAGCUACAUGCUCGUUUCAUUCAAGCUGUUUCCGAACUUCAAUUUCUUGGAUUCAUCAAAUCAACUCGACAGAAAACUGAUCAUGUACAGAGACUCACUUGGGGAGCAUUUUGAUAUAAAAGUUAUCCUUCACAUCUGGUCAUUUUUCAACAGUAACAACAGUAACUGUCUUGUUGAUCUAGAAAGAACUGUGAUGGAAGAACUGGGUUUUCAAGAAAAUAUAAAAGUUGCAUUUUGUUUUUGUGGGAAAUACAUGAUUAACAAUUCUCACGUCGCUCUCCAGUCAAGUAUAAAUAGCUACUGGGAAUUUGUUACAGUUAACCUAACAAAUGCUGGUGGGUUUCCCACAAUGAGCUAGUAGCAUAGACAUGCUUAUCCUCAUUCCAUGUUAGAGCAACCAGGGAGAAGCAAUGACCAGCUAUAAUGGGCAGUUAGCUCUGUCAAUAUAAAAAGAACCUGGUUGACAUGGAAUUCAACUUGUUUUUCCUUAAUGUAAAUCACAUAAAAUUUGACUGUUAUAUCUGUUGUUUCAAAUCGUUUUCAAUGGUAGUUGGAAAUUUCAAGUUUCACCUGACACCUCAUGAAAUACAACUUCUGUUUAAUUUUUUAUUUAUCUGCUUCAUAAUGUUAAUACCAGAUAUAGGUUCUGGUAUUUUAGAUUGGUUGGGUCCUCAUAACAUUUAACAUGUUUUUGAAGGUCAAAGUAUUCUCAGAGUAAUUCAAUGGUGAAGUUCUUGCUAAAAAAUAUUUAGUCUUUUUGUGUACGAAGGUUGUUAAAAGUUAUGCAAAAAAUAAUUAGAGAUAUUGAGAUAAUGUGAAUUGGCCACUGUAAACAGCUUCUAAGCUGGUGUUUCAGUGCAAAUGGACAUUGGGUUCAUGCUCAGACAAAGGGUUAACACUCAAAACAUCAGCUUAGAAACUCUUAACAAUGGUGGAUUUGACAAAACCAACUUAUCCUGUUAUACUUUCUCACUGAUGCAGCACCACAGUUUCUUUACAAUACACAUUGUAUGUACAGCAAGGCUUGGGCAGAAUUUUCAGAAUGUGUUGAAUGGCUAAUUGAUUUCAACUUUUUUAGCCAGCUCUGAACUUUAGCUUUUUCUUUCAACUUUUUUUUUAUUCUGUUAACAAUCAUUGUAUUGUAUAAAGAAUACUUUGCACACCUUUUGUAGAAAGCUUGAAUGACGUUCUUGAAACAGCAGAAUGAUAAAAUAACCAGUGAAAAGUAUGUUUACUAAGUUUCUCUUGAACAUGAAAAUUGUACAGAGUAAUAUGAACAUAUAAAAUACCAUGAAAAUAUUAUUAUUUAAUUAAUCUUAUACCAUAGCUUUUAUAAAUGACUUUCUCAACAACAAAAAAUAAUCAUGGAUCCUGGUCUAUCAAAAAAAGUCAUUUUUGAAAUUGACAUGUUAUAGAUGUAAUCAAGAAGUCUCAGUAUUUUCUAUUCUACAAUUAAUAUAACCAGCAUAAUGGAUUUUCUCCCAGAUAAGAGUGCUACUCAAUAAAGGUUUUCCAGGA